ACUCUUGCGCGGUGGCUGACCUGGCCACUAGUAAUUUGUCCAAAUGAUUCUCCUGUAGUCAUAUGUCCGAUAUUAGCAUAACUUCUCCCCUGAGCUUCCUUAGCAACACGACUUGUGAUCCCCUGAUUCCAACUGAUCCCUCCAUUCUCGACAAACCCUGAUAAAAAAUGUCAUGAAACACCUCGAAAGAUUCUUAGAGUGUCUUCAAAAUCUUUGCCAACAACGAACAAAUCGUCAACAUAUACAAGAAUAAGUUACAAUAAUAAUGGUAAUAAUAAUACGAAUAUUUCAACAGAAUUAAAGCCUCAACACAAGUAUUGCUGUUUUCAAUGCUGGUCCUGCUUAAAAGAAAAGAAGAGAAAUGUUAAAAGCCUAAUUUACAAUUUCAUAACUAUGAAUAAAUAACGUAUUAAAAGUCCAUGAUGAUAACUUUUAAAAGCCUAAUUUAUCAAAACUACUUCAUUUCAAUAGAUCCAGUCUUUCCUUAAAAACCUCUUUGUUUCGAUUGAUAAAUUGUUCUUAUAUCUAUAGAUAAAAUGCUGUAUAACUUUGCCCCCAUGUAAUAAAAUCCCUCUCGCCCAUAUUCAGUAUUGAUCCGUGGCAAAGUGGCUAUGCAUUUGUUGUUUCUUGUGGUUUUGAUGUGUGCAUUUGUUGUGAUGUGAUUUUGCAAGGCAUCACAUAUAUCAUUAUUCAAGAUGUUAUGCUCGUUUUAUCUUCAGUUUUUCAGGUGACAGAACACUGCAUUCCUUUGAGCCCCUGCCAAUUAUUAUCAUGGCACGCUCAUGAACAGCAUCUAACUCUCUCGACUGACCAGUUGUUGGUUUCAGAUUUAAGUCCCAUAAUAUAUAACAAUAGGUACAAUCAUAGAGCGAUUAUGUUCACAAGCCGUUGUCCUGUCCAAGAAACAUCUUAGUUUCGAUAGUAGACUCAAUCUGCCAGAAGCUCGUUUGUAACGUAGUUUAAAGUUGGUGCUUCGGAUUAAAGUUGAAUCAAAUUCCACUCCCAAAUAUCCAUACGAAGUAGUAGUAUUGAUUUUCGUCCCUUUGUAUCGAACACAUACUUCUUCACUCUGUCGCUUCAGACGCUAGGCAGUCCCAAAAGCCAACACCUCUGUUUUCCAUUUUUCACAUAUAGAAGAGUUCAUCCUCAUUCGUCCAUUUUCAAGGUUUGCCAUUUCAUUGAUUUUGCUCAGAUUUGUAACAUCCUUAUCCGCCCAAUAAAUAUCCGAAUCAUCGGCGUAUAUGACAAUGUUUGUCUCAAUUACAUCGGUUGUGUCGUUGAAGAGUAAAACAACGAGUCGAGGUCCAAGGAUUGGGCCCUGUGGAACACCAGAUUUCAAAUGCUGAGCUUCUGUGUGGUCAAACCUACGCAUGCGAACAUUGGGAAUGAUGACGGUCACUGCGAUCAGUUUCAUGUUCGCUCGCACGCGUUUGAGAGUAGGUCCCGCUCCUACUCACAAGCGCUCACGCAAGAGCUCAGCCGAUGAAUCUAGUAAUUGAGCGCUUCGAGCGCGCGCUCAAAAAUGUCUCUGACAAGAUUAUGCUUAAAGAAGAACUUUCUUUGUUAUCAUGAUGACCUAUUCGUUGGAUUUUGAAUUGACAUAUUUUCUCUCGUGUUAUCAAAAGAAAGGAAAUAUUAUCAGCUAAUGGACAGUGCUACUAGUACGCUAGAAAUGCCAUGCAAAACUUUUUUUUCAAGUGGAAAGUUUUUAAUAGCUUUCAAAUAUAGAAAGAGAAACAUCAAAUUUGAAAUAAUUACAACAUUAAAAAAGCCCGGGACUCAAAUUAUCCAAAAAAUAAGAACAUCGAGCGGUGGCAAAAAUUGUAUUGUUCUAAUAAAAAAAAAUUGCAGGCCUAGUUCAUCAAAAGUAGUCAAAAGUAGACAGAGUCAAAAAAUAGCAGCCGGUCGUUGAGUCAGGCAAUAAAUCCCACCAACUCAGUAAGAAAUCAUUCAAGAAUUUUCUAUCGAUAUAUGUAAAACCCUGAGUACUUUUCAUGCCUAUAAAGCUUUUGCUUUGAUGAAGCCCCGUAUGCCGGGGCGAUAUAUGCCUUCACUAAUUUACGCGUAUUUAUUGUUGUCCAUUCUCGUCGCAUUGCGGUGUUUCGUAUUUGCGACACUUUCAUCAGUUUUUUCGCCGCAAGAACUCCUUGGAGUCCGUCGAGCAGACUGCUAUCGUGACCUUUAUUUUAUUCACAUAUAUAAAGCUUUCAAUGCGUUUAAAUCUAUCAGUUGUUUCUAUUUUCCAUUCCCGUUUCCUUUGUUCUCAAUGGCUCAUCUGGGCAUCCCGGCCUCAAGUACUGAAUACAAAAAUUACCCUUAACUACUACUUCCGCACAGCUUGGCUCAACUGUUAGGGCUGUCAUCACAGCCCCAACAGCAAUACUUUUGUUGAAGCUUUUAUCCUGUUGAAAUAUUCGUAUUAUUAUAUUAUUAUUAUUACACGAGCUCAUUUUUUACAACACACUUUCGAUAUACACACUAGCAUUUCACAAGAUGAGGGUAUCAAAGCUUCCCUCAAUGCCAUCAAAAAUCACUUUGGGGAAACUAUCCUGCUGCAUAAAAAGUACAACAGGUGAUUUUUAUCCUCAAACGUAAUUAUAUUGCCUUUACACUCUCUUUUUAUAAGAACAAUUUUACAAGAACACGAGCUUGAAAAUUAGUCAAAGAUGAGAACAAAUUAAGAACAAGCUGAGGCUGAGCUAGCGUAAAAUUUAACUUUGAACAAUGUUUCAUCUCAAAAACGAGGAAUUUUUUGCCAUCUUGGAGUGCUUUUUCGGUGAAUAUUCAAACAUGGCGGCAAAAGAAGAUUUUCUCACGCACUUUGUUGGCAAAUGAGGCCUAGACACCUCCCUAGAGUGAAAAGCUAGCAAUCGCACUGCUUAUACCCUAUAAAUUUAAGAACAAAUUAAGAACAAUUCAGCCUCAGAUUUUCGAAAAAAUUUAGAACAACCAGCCUGAACUUCAAUUUACUGUCUCUUGUAAAGAAGAUGGUAAAUUUUAUUGACCUCCCUUAAGGCACCGCAAUGGGAAAAACCUUUGCCCCAAAUAAUGCCAAAGCAAAUUUAGUCCCAAAUAUGCAAAACUAUUCCAUCAAAUUUUGACCCAAAAGGCCCUGUUUACAGUGUCUUGGUUUUAUGGAAAGCAGUCGGUGCUUUCCUUUUUGUAUGGCCUUUAAAUAAGACACAAAUAUCAACCAAGGGUGCAACCAUAGAAAUUGAUGUAACACUAGAGGUGAAAGGAAAUCAGAAUCAAUUUAGAAAUCUAUUCCACCCAGCCCAAGAUCACGCUGGAAAUUUCUACUUUGUGUCACUGGUAGUCUGUAUCAUUUUACUUUGGGAGUAAACAAAUGACAGGCAUAACCUACUUUCUUGUUACAGUUACAUAAGAAAAACAACGAAACAGAUCCGUUGGUAGAAAACAUUUGCCCUGCAAAAAUCAGUUUUUCCCUGCGAAAAGGUCCUACUUUCAUGGUUUGGGGGGGGGGGUGGACCAUCCCCCAUACCCCCCUCAAGUGACGCCUCUGGUGGCUACUCUGCUUGAACAGAAGAGUCGUACAGGUAUACGGUUAAACUUUGGUGACCCACAAAUAUCCCCCGGUUUAGCAACAUCGUGUUUCGAUUUCGUCGUGGCAUUCAGUCCAUAAGUUCCUAUAGAAAGGGAAAUUUUGUGGGCAAUCUAGCAGGUUAAUCGGGAUUUUUCCUUUUGAUAUUUGAUCCUGGCGGGUCUUCGACUCAAAAUCCGUCAGGGGCGGAUGCCGGGCGAAAUAUCGGCUACUAUUAAUUGACGUGUGUUCUCUUUGGCCCUGCCUCAAAUUUGUCGGGAAAAGUCAAAGUUGAUACAAUUAGGUAAACAAAAUGUAAUCAAACGAACCCCAUAAUGGCAGCCCCAACAGUUGAGCCAAGCUGUGCGGAAGUAGUGGCAUCUCCCAUAGUUAGGCUCUUUUCUGUAGAUCCAGGGGUCCUAGGGCACCUAGGGUCCUAGGGUCUUAGCGUCUAGUUUUCCAAGGAUGCCGCUGACCUGUGAUCAUAGAUAUACCUAUGGUGGACCAACAGUUCUUCACCAGGGUUGUCAGGUGGUAUGGGUACAGUUCUUCACAGCUUUCUUUGCGUUACAUAAUUCUUUGCUCUAUCCCAGCCCAAAUGAUGAGGGGCUGAGCCCCCAACUUUUUUCGAAAGCUGCACCCCCUGAGCCCCUCCCACCCCUGGAGAUGCUCCCACUCAGGGACGCCUGCCAAAGAUUGGGGCAGGAGGGGCAGUGUUGGUGCUGAGGGCAAAUCUACCCUGGGUACCAGACUCACCAUAUGUAAAAUAGAAUAGAUAGUGAGCCUGGUACCCAGGGUAAUGGCAAAUCGUAACAUUUUUCUACCAACAUGAUCGAGUAUUCUGGGGGGGGGGGGGGGGGGGCAAGGGUGGAGUAGCAUAAUAAAAUAUUAACAUGGAUAUCUGCCUGUCAUCUGUACAGCUGGAUUUUUUUAGCAUCAAAGAUUCUAAACAUAAGAGAAAAUGUUAACGAAAUUAUCUAUACGUAAAUAAAAAAUGAGUACUUCUGAGGGAACAAGCCUUUUGUUUAUCUACUAGUAGCUUUGCCGCUCUCCUUCUUUUGGCCCACCUUGUCACAGACAAACUUUUAAACCUUUGCGUUUUUGUGCUGGUGUUAUCAUCUUUCUAACAUAGUGUUCAAAGUGGUCAAAGUAGACAUCAAUUAUCGAUAAGAUUCUAUAAUAUUUUCUAAUAUUUAAGGCCACUUCUUGCCCCCUCUGCCCCUCUUCCAAGAGGACAGGAGGGGCAGCUGCCCCUCCAGCCCCCGGUGUAGGCGCCCCUGCUCCCACUGCAUCCCUGUACUUAAGAUCCUUACAGUCUUAUGGCCUUAGGGUCUCGGGGUCUGAUUUUUACAGCGAGCAAAAAAGAACUGAUCACAGAAUAGGAAUUUCUUAUUCUGUGGCCUGAUGUAACAGCUUACCAUUGUUUUUCAACCGCGAACAUAGAAGGCCUUUCCCUUGGUUUUGUCUUCCAUAAAGACGGUCUCGUCUUAAAAGUAGCUGGAGAAUCCGAAGAUGGCUGGGCUAAAUAACACAGAAUCAACUGCACUCCUUGCUUCGCAAAAAUCUGAGCAUUUGUCAGGUUCUCGGGAGUCGAUUAAUGGCGUCCAACUGAAUGUUAAAGAACUUGCAAGAAGUCUUGGCUUUUGGCAUGCAUUUGCCUACGUGGUAGGAAUCUUGUUUGGCUCUGGUAUGUACAUCUCGCCAAGCCUUGUAGCAAGAGAAACUAACAAUAUGGCUAUAGCGUUGGUAGUUUGGAUAGUCUCUGGCAUAAUACCCAUCUUGGGUGCAAUGUGCUUUUGCGAACUGGCUUGUGCAAUUGGCAAAGCAGGAGGUGAAUACAUUUUUAACAAAGAAGCCUUCGGAGAUAUUGCUGCAUUUAUGACUUUCUGGUCUGAGAUUGUUGUUGGUUUUCCCGCUGCCAUAGCUGUGUUGGGAAUGGCGAUCAGUGAGUACAUUCUAAGCCCGUUUAUUGACAUAACUGCCUCCAAUGGAGUUUGGAUAGCAAAAGCUGUUGCUGUGCUUUUCAUCUUGAUGUCUGCCAUCAUAAAUUCUUUGAGCGCCUCGUUUGUUGGCAAAACCCAAGUCUUUUUCACGGCCAUUCAGUCACUAUCAGUGCUAUUUUUCGUUUCUCUGGGAAUAUGGAAAGCUUCUACAGGACACACUCAAAAUUAUGUUUCUAUUUUUGACAAUUCCAGCAAAUUUGAACUCGGUAGCUUUGGUAUAGCCUUUUACAAUGGACUAUGGGCAUAUGAUGGAUGGGGACUCAUUCGCACAAUAACAGAGGAAUUGAAAAACCCAAAAAGGGACCUCCGACUAGCAAUUCUUUUCGGAGUCGGAUUUGUUAUUCUAUGUUAUCUUUUGAUUAACUUAGCGUUGUUGGCGGUUUUAACCCACGGGGAGAUUGCAAGUUCAUUAUCAGUGCUUACGCUGUUUGUGACAAAGAUUCUCGGCAAAAAUGUCGCAUUCUUUGUGCCCUUUGCUGCUGCUUUUUCCUGUUUCAGUGCACUGAAUGGUUCAAAUUUCAUUUGCUCGCGACUUGUUCUCUCUGCCUCUCGCGAAGGACAUUUGCCUGAACCAUUGUCGUACAUUCAUGCGGACAGAAGAACGCCCAUACCAGCUGUCUUAUUUCUAUCUUUAAUGUCAAUGAUUUGGAUUCUCGUUCUUGGAGCAGGAACACAAAAUCUUCUUAUUUACUUUUCAUUUGCAAUUUGGUUUACAUACGGCUUAGCGAUAUUCGGUGUCAUUGUUCUACGGGUGCGCCAACCAGAUCUACCGAGACCCUUCAAGGUAUGGAUUAUCAACCCGAUAUUCAUGACAUUAGUUUCUCUGUUACUUUUAGUUUUUCCAUUUUUAAAACGACCGGUGGAAAGCAGUUUAAGCCUGGUUUUUGUUUUUGUAGCAGUUCCGAUAUACUUUCUAGUUGUGCAGGAACGAAACUGCACUCCAGCCUGGCUGCGCAGUUGGAAAGACAAACUAUACUUAUGUAUCCUUUUGCGCUGUAACCUCGUGAAGUGUGUUUUUGUUGCACGCAAGACUGCCGUAGAGAAUUGUCAAAUAGAUACUACAAGUGUUUAGUUGAAUUAAUCAGCAUUGGUUAUGGAGGAAUUUUUGUACUGGUACGAUGUUUUGACCGGUGAAAAGGAAUAACGUGAGCAUUACGAUGAGCCUCGAUUUUAAUUUGAUAUUAUGUACCGUAAAUUCUCUUUUGAACCCCCCUCCUUAUUAAGUCCCCCUUUUUAUUUGCCGCCUCUUUUUAGAAGGAAAAGUUUAACAAGCUCCCCCCCUCCCCCACAAAUGUGAUUAAAUGAUACCAAAAUAAGUAACUUUGACAAAGAACGUAGAUUUUAGUUUUAUUCAUUGGGCGUUCAUUACUUCUCAACAAAUCAAAACAGGGCCUAAAAUAAGUAUGGAUUUGACUCACUUUGUGGAGCUGUGAACAAAUAAAGUGGAUCUGUGAUUGUGGAAAGUUUGGAUUUGUUUUUAGGACGAGUUCAUAAAAGAUCGAAUAAUUUUUUCUCUUUUGACAAUAUCUUCGAUUAUACCUUCUGGUAUUUUCAAAUAUGUCCAGCUGAAGCAAGCAACUCUGUCAUCUUUUCAUGUCAUCGCCCCAGCCAUUACGGUCGUUCUGUUUAUCUACACUGCUGCGAGGUCAGCUUUUUAUGUCAACAGUUUUGCAUCGCAAGAAUACGGACCAAUCGCAAGCCGUCAUUUUGAUAUUUCUUGACUAGUUGGGUAUACGCAGUCCUUUUAUAUGGACACAUUACCUUCAAGAACGUAUUUGCAUGGGAUCUCUAAACUUUUACCCAUCUUUUUGUUUCUGGAUGUAUAGGCCCAUGGGCUUAUAGACGCCACUUUCAAAUUGUAAAACUUAAAAUCUUAAACAUUUCACAUAUUGGCCCAUGGGCUUUGAUGCCGGGUAAUAAGAUAGGAACGUAAGCUCUGACUUAGGCGAAAACGUAAGAGAGAGUUUUUUUAGGUGCACACGCACUAAAACAAGUUCUUUAGAUUAAACUGUAAGAAAGUGCUUCAAAACAGGGCCUAUUUGAAGCUUUAGAGUAGAAUAGACACUUUUUCCGUGUUUCUCUGUUUGUGUGUGCUAUGAAUUGAAACCCUUGAAGAAAAAGCUAAACUCCAGCUUUAGAAGAAAAUUCCCCGAACGAAGUAAGCAGAAAAUCUGGCAAACACGUCCCUGUAGAUUAAACAAACUACAGAAUGAUCUCCUGCGGUCAUUUUCCUGCAUUUGCCUAAAACACUUAACUGUUCUGUAAGGAUACAUGGGCCCUGUUAAUGCCACAGCAAACCACAGGCGAGUUCCGCCAUUGCACUAAGUCCUCGGUUUCAAAGAUGUAUGACGUCAUGUACGUUAGCUGACUAUGAUCUGGUGCCGACCAAUGAAUCCCGUCUGAAUCCUGGACUGUCAGGAUACAGCUCUCUGCUGUGCUUUGCAGGACUCCUGGGCAGGAUCAUUGAAUCUGUCGAUGUGUAAUACGAGAUUUUAAGCCAGCUGUAUCAACAGAGCCAAGCGAUACAGUCAAGCAAUUCAGCGAAGCUCUGAUGACGGGAAAAGCAUUGGUCAAGCACAACAGGGCGAAAGUUUUAAAAAUGACCCUUUUUCAUCAAGUGGAGGUGUACCAUCCAUGGAACAGAAAAAGAGUUUGAGAGAUUGGAUAGUUCAAGUUCCACCAUUGCUGCUCACAGUUUAUUUUCCGAUGAAAGAAGUUCGUGUCAGCAAAAAACUAAAGGAGCUGUGUUUCAAAAACUUCCGUCAGUGAAAGGAGCAAAUAGAAAGAAGGUGCGAUGUAGCGUUUGCUUUCGAAACAUUGACAAAGCUAAGAUUUAUGCAUCAAAAGGAAAGGUGCCAAAAAUAUAUCAAGAGCUAGGAGUUGUAUCCCGUUCCAGAACU